AUGGAGGAGUACGAUGGCGGGUUCCUUGCGAAUGAGCAUGAACACUCAGCUGAGGGCUCAGAGGCACACACAGCGUCUACGUGCUUAUUAGGAGCACACCCAGACGAAUGUUUCAAGUCAGCUGAUGGAAAAUAUGCCGCCUGGGUGGACGAAUACAGGGAUGAAGCCUGUAGGGUUGUUUACUACCCCGACACUUCAGCCAUUCCCCGCUCAGUCCUUGCGGUCUUCAACGUGUGCGUGAACAAGAGUGGACUUAGCAGCGCCCUCCCGAAAGCGAUUUCCGAGAAUAGAAAACCGUUUGUAACACAAUUCCACUCCACUGUUCGAAAUAUGGCAAUUGCCGAAACUACUUCAAAUCCACCUGGGUCAGCAAAGUCUGUCGCUGAAGGUCAAAUCCCUCACGGAAUAUACUCGUGGUCAAAUCUCAAAUUGGUUGAGAAUGGCAGUUCUCAGCUGCAACCGACGCUUUGCAGUUGUUUCUACUGCAUUCGGGUAUUUUUCAAGCUGACAAAACGCCACCGGAUAGAUAUGGAGAGAUCGAAUUCCAGUGGCAACAGCACCGCCGCUUCAGAUUCUCAGUACCGAGGAAGCGUCCGCAAAUUAGUACCAAGGGGUGCCUGCCUAGGUCUGAGGUACCUGGUGCUGAUUGCGGCAAUACUUGUAGUGCUAGUUGCUAUGGGAAUUGGAAUUUAUGUCAUGGUAGACCUUCGAGCGCAGGUAUCUCAGCUUAGCUGCUCGGCUGCACAAGCGGCUUCAACCAUUAUCAACGGCCAGACCUUUGCAAAUCCGUCCGCGCCCUCCAUUAGUCCCGACAGAACCACCGCCUUCACUUCGCCCUUUUCAGCUCCUUCCCCUUUCACUUCGGCGCUGCUUUCUACCCCGGCGGCUGCUGUUUCACCAUCGCUUCUUUUUCCUUCUGCUGGGCAGCCCAACAGUGCCGCCCCCACCGCAUUUCGCCACUUGGAAGAGGCAUACGAAGAAGACCCGAGGCUGCUGCAGGAAGAAGAAACAGCAGCAGCCGAAAACGAGACAGCUCCGAACCGCACAGGCUUCGUUGGAGCAGUCCCUGCAUUAGAAUAUUUUGAAAGCCUCUCAGCGGCUUUGGAUCCUCAUCGCGAAGACUCUCUGCCUAGCCAGCUUCGGAGCGCCAGCGCAUUGGCAUUUCAGAUAACGCAAACAAUGGCUGACGUAAAGGACAACUUGCAGACGCUACAGGAGACUCUGCGCAAUCCCGCCAACAGCGGAAUGCGGAUCUCCGUAGGAGGGGAGACAUCAGACUCUCUGCAGGCGAGCUACCACAUCUCGCCUUUGGGCACUGCCACUGCCUCCCUGUUGAGCUCUUGGGAGACCGCUGUCCAUUUGCUGCCUCACAGCCUCCUGUCAAUAGCGGAGGCGUCUGACAGGCUGGCAGUGGACAUGGAGAACAAUGUGCAGCAAACAAAUAACUUGCCUUCCUCAACAGAGCUGCAUAAGGCCAAAGUAGCACUCAAGGACACACUCGACACCGCUCAUCGUACAGUAGGAAAGCUUUCCAAACUUAGUGGACCCCUCUAUUGGGGCUCCAUAGCGGUGUCUGCUCUGAUUGGCUGUCUGCUGCUGCUAGCCUCCUUCUACAUGUGCUGCCUCUGCUGCUGCAAUCGCGACGCUCUUGUAGACCGCAAAAGAACAAGCUGCGGCUGUUUGUUCCUUUUGCUUCUGGCGUCUUCAGCAGCACUCGUGGCAAGCGGCGGGCUUCUGCUGGGUACUGCGGCAGUGACUGACGGCUGCCUGUACAUGGAAAACUGCUUAAAAGAUGAGAAAGACGUCGACGAUCUAUUGCAAUAUUUUGGAGCUGCGAACAGACAAGCCUUAUUUUCCGAGGGCGCUUCUGUGGGGUCUAACAGCACAGCAGCUCGACUCCUGAGCGCUUGUUUCCUCCCUAACCAGGAGAGGGACUUGGUGCGCGUGUUUGACAUUGGCGAUUUGGUUGAGUCAGGGAUGCAUGUUAGGGAAGCGGGGGAGAACGCUGUGCAGAAUGAGGCCUUGGGUGCUCACCUGCUCUCUCUACAGUUGCAAGACGCAGCAGCUGAGUUGCAGCUUUUGGAAAAUACGUACUGGCUUCUCCUCAUUGACCCGAUGACUUUACAGGAGGAGGAUUUGGAGGGGCGGCUCCACACGUACAGGGAAGUGCUCUGCAGCGGAGUCCAAGACAAGCAGCGAACAAUCAAGGCCAAGUACCUCAGCCUAGGCGCAUCGCCAGCAGCGCCAGGGCCACAACCCGACGACGAGGUUGGGCCUGCUUUGAAAGCAAUAGGGGCGUUUUCCCUGCUGCAAAACGGAGAUACUGAGCCUGCAGAUGAACUGGCAGCUCUCCUUCAAGAGUUCAGUCCUGACCCCCGAGAUGCAGAGCGACUCUCAACGGCCUUCCAAGAGGCGAUCAGAGGAGUUCAAAGUAGCAGCGGCAGGUGGGAAGACGGCGUGAAGUCCUCGAUACAGGGCUUAGUGGUCGAGUUGAUGCGUUUGGCAGCAGGUAAGUCAGAGGCCGAAAAGGCGCAGCUGCUGCAGGCAGUAGUGCGCCUCGCUGGGCAGGCAAACGCCGAAAUUCAGGCGGCCAAAAGAAACGGAGGAAGCAUUGAUGUCUCCAGGGCAGAAGCAGUUAGAAGAAAAAGGCAACAGGCACGCCAAAGGUCCACGCUGCACAAGCUUCUGCAAGAGAAAUGCUUGCAAACAGCAGCAGGAGGCCCCCUGGCCGCAGGAAAGGGAGACCGAAUCGUGAUCUUCGGAAUGGAAGAUUUAGAGGACUUGGUGGCCCCAUUCUUGCUUUCCUCCCUCCAUAGCAGCAGCAACAGCGGCGACGACUCGGCCCUUACCAUAGACGCUUCAUUCGACGCCGAGUCUGCCCUUGUGUUUGAAGUAGCAGAAACAAAAGGGUCACAAGAGGAACAACUGCUGUUUAGAAAUGCAGUUUGGUGGGCGGCAAAGAAAGAGGCACUGCGCGCAGACACCGCUAAGUCCUUUGCCUGCCCCCGAAGAACCACACAGAACAACGAAAGGCCCCUUCAUUGGACUUCGUGCAACUUUGAAGAGUUCCAAGAGGCGACCAACCAACUGCUCAGCAGAAUGCAUCAACAACUGGAGAGUCUAUGGGAUCAGCUCCGUGUAUUCUUCGAGGCGCGCAGCGCCGUCUACCGAGUGUUAAGCGACGAUUUCCGCAGCGUUGCUUCUAACUUGGACUGCCGGAUAGUUCACAACGAGUGGCAGCCGGUGCGGGAGCUGGUGUGUGACAGGCUCAGGCCGACGGGGGCCAACUUAGCGCUUCUGUUGCUGGUCUUGGGCGCUGCAGCGCUGCUGCUGCUGCCGUGCUUCUGUUGCGUCUGGAGGGCGGGUGUAGAGAACUCGUGGCAACAGCGAGCCACACUGAAACGGAAGCCUUCCGGAAACACCACGCCAACGAACACGCUGUGGGACUCCAACAGCCCCGAACUGGUCAGCGCACCCAACCCACACAGCAACAACGGAAACAACAGUGGCAACGCAGCUGCCGCUGCUGCGGUUGCGGCUGCAGCGGCGGCCACAGCUGCAGCUGCUUCAGGACUCGCCCAGCAGCCGCAGCAGCAACGCUACCAGCAGUCCGACAGAUACCGACCCGUCAGGAGUGAUGACUGGAGAUAA